AUGGCGGCCAUCGCUUCUUCUUCCCUCAAUAGAACAACAUCCGGCCGUCUCCAUGACUCCAUGGAGGAUCCGUCGUCCACCUCCACGAACGCCACGGAUUCAGCCUCCGGCCAUGCAAACGCUGCCCAACACCAGAACCCUUUCGGUCUUCCUUCUCCUUUGUGUCACUCAUCACGGCCGCCGCCGCACGAGAGAAGCCCCUCCCGCACGAGGACACUGCGCCGCCCGCCCGUGGCGCCGCCCGCCGGCCUCCCUCCGCGGCUCCAGGAGGCCUCGCUCCGCACCUCCGCGGCCUCCCUCCGCUCCCCUUCGAGCCAAUCCUGGAUCCGCCAGUGCGAGUUUUCAAGUAUGUCAGCCAUUUCGGAGUAUAGUGAAGCUCGUGAGAGGUGGACGUGGAGGAAUCAGGUUAUGAAUGAUGGGACAACCAGGAUUUUGUCAAAUCUACGGGUUCAACUAACUUCUGCCUGCGCUUACUUUGCUCUGGUGACAACAUUGGAAUCUAAUUUAAGGGUUCAAUUGCAAAGGAGUGCUACUCUUUCCAUUCGUCAGCUGAUGAACCAGUAUGAUGAAGCAAAAAUCAGUCUCAGCCUGCCUGAAGAAACCAAAAUGGUGACACUUUUGCAAAUGAUAAAAGAUCAUGGCAUAUUUGAGAAGGGGCAAUAUACUGCUAUUCAGAAGGGUACUCUUAGAGAGGCAGAUGCUCGGAGGUAUAAAAUUGCCAAAUGGUAUGCGUACAGUUUGAACGAACUUGAGCAUAUCAGACAUGCCAUGUAUCAACUACGCAAGGGAGGCCCGCUUGUUGCUGUUAUUAAUAUCAGUGAGAACUAUCGUGAAUGCAAAGAUUCAGGUUUCAUCUACCGGUAUGAUCCUAAUAACCCUGUGAAGAAAAACUCUGGAGUUAUAGAGACCCAUGCAGUCAGCGUAGUUUCUUUUGCAGUAGAGGCUAAGGUCCCAUGUCUAGAGUGUCAAGAUUCGCGUGGUCCGGAGUUUGGUAGGGGAGGCUUCUUAGUAGUUGACAUCACAUCUGUGGUAGAGCUUUACAGUAUUAAGAUGAACAUGUCCAGUAGCUAGAUGUGAACUUGUGUAGCGGAUCAUGUCAGAUGGGACCAAACAGCAUGUUAGUGUCAUUCAGUGUGACAAGCAGCGCCACAAAUAAACCUUGUGUAUGGUACUUGGGUUC